ACGAUCACGUUCGUCGAUUCAGAUCAUUGUUUUCCGCCAAUCUGAGCCAGACCGUGUGGUUUUUAUUUUAUUUUAUUUUUAUUUCUCUCAUGUUUUAAGCUUUAGCAAAGAUGGCAGAAGUAGACACUGGUCUCCACGCCCACGCCAGCGGGGUCGCCGCCAAGACGGUCGCAGCCCACGCCCAGGAACACCCACUAAAGCUGUACGCAGGCUGGUUCUGCCCGUUCGUACAACGCAGCUGGAUGGUUCUGGAGGAAAAGAACAUCCCUUACCAAUAUGUGGAGAUCAACCCAUACAAGAAAGCCAAGGAGUUCCUCGACCUCAAUCCACGGGGCUUGGUGCCAACCUUGGCGGUGCCAGUAGAUGGGGUCGGCAAGGCUCAGAAGCCCCUGUAUGAGAGCUCAGUCAUCUGUGACUAUCUGAACGAAGAGUUCGCAGAUGAGGCGACCAACGGACUGGGCCUGUAUCCGUCGAGCACAUAUCAGAAAGCGCGAUGCAAGCUUUGGAUUGACCACAUCAGCACCAAGAUCGUGCCUGGCUUCUACAAGUUCAUCCAGCACACACCUGAGAAGGAAUACUCUGUCGAAGAAGCACGGUCAAACCUAUCGGAACAUAUCAAAACACUGGCAAAGGAAAUGGAUGAUAGCGGUCCAUGGUUCCUGGGCGACAGAUUCAGCAUGGUCGACGUAAUGCUGGCGCCUUGGGCAAAGAGGUUGUUUCUAAUUGACCAUUACAAGCCCGGUGGUGUGAACAUUCCAGCAGAUAAGGAAGGUGGCGAUGAGGCGCUUUGGGGCCGCUGGACGGAGUGGUACAAUGCUAUAUCUGAGAGACAGAGUGUGAAGGAUACUUGGAGUGAAGAAGAAUACUAUAUCAAGGCAUACCAAAGAUAUGCCGAAGACAGAACAAUGUCGCAAGUUGGACAGGCCACCAGGAAAGGCGAGCGCCUGCCAUGAGGGUGCAGCUCGAACUAUUUAGACAGAUAAUCAAUGCUUGUGCAGGAGCUCACCUAGUAUAUGGUCGACCUUACCUUUGGCUAAUCCCAUUGCCAUACUAUAUUAAGGUCGAGAUAUGUGAACAACAAUCCAGUCGGACCUCCACGACGCAGAUUUCAUUAUGCC